GACCCGGGUAAAGCAUGGGUUUUAAAAUUUACAAUAUAUAGAAUGAUAUGAUGGAAUGUCAAUUAUAAACGAAUAUUAUAGAAAACCCCACUUUCGUUGAAAAAAACUAUUUACGUUAGAUAAUCAAACAAAUUUAUUAUUUGUUGUUUCUUGCUAGGCAUUUCAUACCAAGACCGAUGGUUAUGGCGUUUUGUUUUGUGUGGGGUUAAUCAGUUGUACUUUUUUUUCUUCUCCAGAUGUAGAUCCAGGGAGCGUGUACUUUUGGAAUGAAUUUUGCCACUGGAGAAUCUUACUGGGCAGUACACAAAUAAAAGACUGUUAUGAAAUUAUGCUGCUGUAACGAAAGUACAAGUGAUCCGUGUAAUAGCGAUUAUGGUGAUUUAGGGCAAAGUGAUAAUAGUUGACGGUUUAAAAAUAAUAAUUUUUAUCGUGUGUUUAAGCAGUUUUUUCUGAAGCAGACUCUACAGCUCCCAAUCAUUCAUCUUGAUGUUCUCUGUUUAUUUGGUAAGACUUAUUAAUUUUUUUGUUUUAGGUGUUUUAGUUAUUUUUAAAUUACACACGAAUAUUGUCUAACAAUCUCAGCAAAUCACACACCCAAGUGAUCUGCAAGAGGAAAGGUGUAGCACCUCCUAGAACACCGGUGAAAUAGAACUCUGAGCUGGAGAAACGUUUCAAACAGGUAGUGAUUGGUCAGGCGAGUUAUUAAUUGCUCUUUAUUUUUUAUUGAAUUGAGCAACACAGACCAUCAGAGAUGGGAAAGUGGCGGAGUAAGUACACAAGAGCUCUGGAAGAUGGCUCUGUACCCACUGAUGAUGUUUUGACUUUGGCUCCGCACAAAGAAACAAAUGUCGCUGAUCCUACUCCUAUUUUUGACUGCCAAAUAGAUAAUUUCUUACUCACUGGGAAAAAAUCUCUACUGGAUGAUGAUACAAUGUCAGUGUAUCGUGAUGUGUCGGCUGAGCACAGUGGUAGUGACAUGCUGGCGGACUCUCUCCCUAAUCAAAAGGAGUCACUACUCUCACACGAGAACUGUGUGACAAAUGGUGAAAAAUUACUUCAAAACAAUCUCUCUCCUGAUGUAGUUAAUGAUACGAAGAAUGAAUACAACAGUGAUAGAUGCAGAGAAUUUCCUGUAACUGACACUGAACGGCUCUACACUGAAGAGCCGGGUAGGAAGUUUGAUAGUGAUACCUCAAAAACUCUUCUUAACAGUUGUGAGUCGGAUCCCAAUGGUUUAAUGCACCUAGAUGUGAGCAAUGCGGAGGAAUUGAAGUGUGGACUGGGUCCGUGUGCACCCAGGUGGUUGCAGUGCUUUGCAUCCAAACAAGCCUUCUUGGUCACAUUUUGCAUAACGUGGGUUUUACAGGGGAUGUAUUACACGUAUUUCGUAAGUGUCAUAACUACAAUUGAAAAACUGUUCCAAAUACAGUCCAAAACUACUGGCAUUAUCAUGAGUGCUACUGAAAUUGGCCAAAUUGGGUCGUCUUUGCUUUUGACAUAUUAUGGAGGGCAGGGGCAUAGACCUAAAUGGAUUGCAUGGGGUAUGAUACUUUUUGCAGUGUCUUCUUUUGCAUGUUCUUUACCGCACUUUCUUUUUGGUAAACAGAUGAUUCAAGCAAACGAUUUGCUGUUCAGUGGACUAACAUCCACAGUUGUUAGUCCUUACGACACAAGUAAUAACUCAAGACCUGUUUUACCAAAUCUUUGUAUACCGAAACAUCUUAGUGAUGUUGCCGAAGAUUACAGUGCAUAUAACCGUUCGUUAGAUUGUGAUGAAUCUCCUUCUGGUGAAAGAAGAUUUCAGUCAAAACACACAACAAUUGUUUUGACUAUGUUUUUCAUCAGUCUUCUUGGUGUUGGGAUGGGCCAGACCGCUGUAUACACGCUCGGAAUUCCAUACAUUGAUGACAAUGUUGCAAGCAGAGAAAGCCCUCUGUACUUUGCAAUCACAAUUGGGGUGCGGAUACUAGGACCAGCUCUGGGCUUCAUCCUUGGCUCCGUUUGCACUCGGCUGUAUGCAGACUUAUCUGUGGAACCCAAUUUCUCACCAACUGACCCACGAUGGGUUGGUGCCUGGUGGUUAGGGUUGGUUAUGGUGUCAGGUCUACUUUUACUUGCCUCUCUGGCAAUGUUUUCAUUUCCCAAGAGGUUGAGUACAAGUCGAACCACUCCGAGAAUGCUGAAGAAAGGAAAAAAGAACCCUAGCCUUCGAGAUUUCCCAAAGGCGGUCAAACGAUUGCUGAAGAACGACAUUUUGAUGUAUCGGACAGCCAGCAGCGUACUGCAUAUCUUGCCUAUUGCUGGCCUGUAUACAUUUUUGCCUAAAUAUCUUGAGUCUCAGUUCAGACUGGCUGCUUACACUGCUAACAUGGUAUCAGGUGUAGGUGGAAUACUCGUUAUGGGUUUGGGCAUCAUCAUCAGUGGAGUCUUUAUCCUGCGAGUAAAGCCAAAUGCAAGAUUUGUUGCAGCAUGGAUUGCAUUUACUGCUGUAGUCUAUGCUAUAGGAAUGGGAAUUUUGAUGUUUAUUGGCUGUCCAAUGGAUGAUUUUGCAGGUCUACAGACAGAUGGAAGGAGACGUACCAGUUUCGAACCUGGGUGUGAAUCCAGAUGUGACUGUGAUAGAAGCAAGUUCAGCCCAAUUUGUGGUGAGGAUGGAAAGACGUAUUUCUCAGCAUGCCAUGCCGGGUGCCUUAAUACCACAGUUGUAGAUGGUAAAAUUCUAGAGUAUGGUAAUUGUUUAUGCCUGCAACAACCAGACAAUGGAUCGAGUAAUCAGACAACAAUGAGGAUGCUUCCAGACCAUAAACCAAUUGCAAAUAUUGGCUACUGUGCUCUGGAAUGUGACAACUUUGUGUGGUAUAUAUUACUAUUCUCAUUCUUUGUCUUCAUACACUCCACGUCUGAAGUGGGCAGUAUGCUACUGAUACUACGCUGUGUUGAUCCUCGGGACAAGGCUAUGGCCCUGGGACUCAUACAGUUUGCCAUUGGUUUAUUUGGUAAUGUUCCAUGCCCAAUUGUGUAUGGAGCUGUGGUGGACUCUGCUUGCUUAGUGUGGGAAACUGCAUGCGGCGAGCAAGGUGCCUGUUGGCUGUAUGAUAGCAGUGUCUUCCGGAUGUUUUUCCACGGCACAACAGGAGCCAUCUUGCUGUGUGCAUUCUUCGUAGAUUUAAUAGUCUGGUAUAAAGCAGAAAGUAUUAACUUUGUAGAUGAAAAACAACCUGACACAGAAAAAGAGGACGAGUUGUUCAAAUCCUCUUCAGUGAAAAACAGAUGUGAAACAAGCGUCUGACACAUUGCCGCCGGUCCAAGCACUAAUGGACAGGACUAGGCUAUUGUAUUUAUCACAUCAACGUUUCUGAGCGAUUUGUGCUAAGCUGUUAACAUUUUAAAAAUGUUAACAAGCAAUGGCUUGGUCUGUCCGUGCCUGGUCGAUAAAAUGAAGAUUGAGCUCUUGAAAUCAAGAGAAAUAGUAUAAUUUACAGCUUAAAGAUUGUUUUGUUUUAUGUACAUCUAUCAUUGGCUGUGUUUUGGUCAUAAAAAUUAAUAUGCACAAAUUGUAAGAAGGUACCUAUCUGUUUGAGUUUACAUCUGUUUUAUUACUCGUACAAUACAUCACUUCUUGGUUUUAGAUUAUUCCAAUUUUAAUAUCACAUUAGAAAUGCUAGAGGAAAACAAUUAGUUUUAAUUAUUUUUAAUAAUGGUUCCUGUUUGCUAUUAAAAAAUUGACUGUGCUGGCUAAUGCACAAGCAAGGGACCCCACCAAGUGUUUAGUGCAAUAAACUGGGUGUUUUAAUUUUUAACUCCAGUUAGUUAUAUACGUAAUCAUUGUUUACUCGUAAGUUAAACAAUACUUUGAAAGGAGUGUUUCGUUUUUGAGCCUGUUAAUUUUAGGGUUUUUUUUUAUACUGCAUGCCAUAUAUCUGUGAGCCUGGGUAGUACAAGGUAGUGGAGUGCAACUGUCGAUUUCUGAAUUUCAUGUGGUUGAGCUGGCGAAUAGAGGUUGUAACCAAGCCACGCCACUUUAAGAAUAACUGGAAACAUUGACUUUGGUAAAAACGAAAAAGAAAAAAAAAUAUUGCUCUUAAGCUUGCAGAAAUCUGACACACAGUAUAAAAGUAGCAUUUCCAGGUGAUGUCAUUUCUGUAGAUGUGAUCAUCUUCACACUUAUUGGGAAAGUAAUUCUUUCCCUUGGUUUUAACUCAUGUGCAGUUUUUUUAUUUUUUUAAUUUACAGGUAAACAGUAGUAAGACUGUUUUGAGGUAGUCAUAAACAUUGCUGUUUGAACUUUUAAUGAUUUAACUGAGGUUUAGAGCCAGUUUCACCAACCAAGAUUACAAAUGUUAUCUAAUUAAAUUACCAAACUGUCUCAAUCAUACGCCUUUUCUAGUCACUAUAAAAUCUUUGCCUAUCGUAUUGAAAUAUUUAAAUCCUUGAUUCUGGAAAUUUUAUUGUUUUUAUCUGACUCAUGAUUGGAUACACAAGGACUCAAAAUAUGUAGAAAUAUAAUUUUAUGAAAAGUAAAAUGAUUUAAAGGAAUUUAGAAUAGCAUUUUGACCCCAUGUUGUUAAUUUAUGAAAAAAUUAAUGUAAAUUGUAUGCUAAAAUACCUUUUGAAAUCAUUGUAAAACAUCUACAUGUAAACUGUGGGUAAAAUCUAUAUCCAGUAAAAAAAUUUUUGUUUUAAAUUUUGUUUCAUAAAAUUCCAGCUUAUCAUCUUAAACAACUUUUAUGCAGAUUUUUAUGGCUAUGAUACUGUGAUAACUAAAUAUAAGUGUUAAAUAAAAUUUAUAUAUUUUUUCACAUAAGCUUUGGAUGAUGAGACAAAGAUUUUAUGGGCUAUGCCGGGGUUUGCCGGGGUUUGGAAUAGAACCUUUGACCUUCACUUGACAUUUGAGUGAUAUGUCCACCAAAUCCCCAAUUGUGCAGAAGACAAAAUUUUAGAAGUUAGGUCCUUAGCUAAUGACAAGAAAAGAUGAUCUUUCAACCGUGCGUGCAUCAUUGUUUUAUUCAUAUUUUUCCUCAAACACUUAUUAUGCUGACAAGGUACAGUAAUAAAAUUACUGCUUUGCAUUUGUUCUACUUCAAUUCACAAUUUGUGUGGCACCACUAGCUAAAUUAGGACUCAUGGCUGUGCAUUACUCUUAUCAAUGUCAAACAUUCAGAUUGUCUUUAAGAUGAAUAAAUUCGUACAUUUUCAAUUACGUAAAUGUAAGUGAACAACAUUUUUAUCUUUGAAAAUGGCUGCCAUAUUGAAGGUGUAGGGUUGUGUGCAUGUUAUUGAGAAAUUUAAAAAGGAAACAUUGCCCAUUGUUGGUGUUUGUAUUCAUUUUUCAGAAUGUCUGCUAAGUAGAGUUUUUUAGCUUCAUAAGAACUAGUAUCUGUGUGCCGGAGAAUUGAAAGUCGGUCGUUGUUUGGGGAUGUCUGUUUUUGGGAAGCGUCUGUUACUGGAAGUUUAACUGUAAUUAUAUUCACGUAACUAUUGUUUAGUAAGUUGGGAGGGUAACCGCAUGCAUGGGAGCUUGAUACAUCUUUAUUAUUAUGAAUAGAAUAGAAUAAUAAGUUUUAAAAAAUUAUCUUAGAAACUAAUUGCUUUAACAAAAUGCAGUGUAGAUUUUGUGACAAAAGCACUCAAAAUUCUAUAAUUUGAGUCCAGGAAUAGAGGAAAAGACAAUAUUGAGGACUUUCUGGCCUUCUAUUUAUAAAGAACUCCUCUGUUACUAACACACAAUAUUGCAGUCCCUUCAGUUUUGCUAUAUAGAGGUUUUACUGUUUUGUUCAUUGCUGAUUGUAUACCUGCAAAGAGCAGACUGCAUGACUGCAAUUUGAUAAAAGCUAGCAUGGAUAGGCAUACAUUCAAAUAGAAGCUCAUUCUAUGAGCAUAAUCACCUGUUUGUUCAUUCUUCCAACUGAGUUUACUAAUGCAUAGAAAUUAACUAUUCUCUUAGUCUUAAAAAAAAUUAAUUAUACACUACUCUUGGCAACUAAAACUUUUGCGCAGAUUUUAGUACGUAAUGAACUGGCAAGCACCUUUAAUUUUUACAUAUAUGAUCAUAAAAAGAAGUAGCUGGUCUGAGUAUUUUAUAUCAUAAUAAUAUUCUGUUUAAGCAUGAUAUGCAGAAAUGACAUCACAAAAAAAAAAUACAAAUUGUGUUAGGUGCAGCAUGUUAAGAAUUUGCUGUGAAAACAAAAAGUUAGCUCAACCAAUUGUGUCAUCGUGCUGUUCCAAAGUGUAUUCUUUGGAGGAAAAGGAUACGUUUCAUGUGUCCAUUUAUGUGUCAGCCCAAAGCCAUGAAAUAUUUGUGUUUAUCAAAUAAACUUUUAUUACUCGUUUUUAUUUUAGUUUGAAGUAAUACAGAUUAGGUGUAAGAAAAUGAGGCAACUGAUUUUAAAUAGUCUUAAAUUUCUUAAUAGGAUAGCAUUAUGCAAUUAAGGGUUUUUAUCAUCACCCAUGAUAGUGUGAUCAGGCAAUGUUUUACAAUUGCAAGCUGAAGUACUGGUCAGACAUUUUGAUUGUUGUAUUUUGUAUGUUUUAUUUUGUUAUUAAAUGUAUAUAAGUAAUUUUACUAACUGUAAAUUAACAUGCAACUACUUGUUUUUUAGAUGAAUGUAAUGUGCUUGACUGUCAUGUAAAACAUCACUGGCCUAAUUAUUAUGAAUAAUAUAAUACACAGUUACAUCACAUUGUGCCCGCACAAAACAAUAAGUUAAUUUCUCUUUUUGUUGUUCAAGUAAAAACAAAGAUCCUUCAUUGUUUGUUCCUUUACAUGAUAUUUAUAAAGCAGCUGAAUUGGGAAUAUUUUCUAUGAUUUAAUGAAUUACUAAUGAUAGUAUCAUUGUGUUGGGAGUUAAAAUUCCGUCCUCUGGAUUUUAUGAAAUUUUUAUGUCCUCUUUGUUGAUUUAUUUUGUGCAUACCUCAGUUUUUGAUAGUUUUACAGUUUGAAAAAACAUAUUUGUUCUUUGAAACAAAGUAUAACUACUUUUUAUUAUUUGGUUUUAUUGUUUAAUUGAAUGAUCAGUGUUUUCAAAUAAAUUUUUAUAAUUAUAGACAAGAGUUUAUUGAUAUUACUAUUGGCAGUAGGCUAUAUUAUAUUUGAAUUUCUUAUGUUUAAUUAUUGACUGUUUUCACCGUGAUAACCCAGUUAUUUUUGUAUUAACUAUGGAAUGAGUUUAAAUUAGAUAAUCAUAUUGUGACAAAUACAGGCCUGUGUUUAUUAUAGUCUGGAUGUCCUAUCAAUUUAGUCAUUUUGUAUACAACCAUGCAAAGUAAAAUCAAAUGCAAUACAAUCCCUUUUAUCUGUCCCCUUAAUUUUAGACAUUUAUUUUUAUUUACUGACACUGUAAUUUGCACCUAUUGCAUUUUUAUUCCAGAAAUUAUGUAAAAUACAUAAUUUUUUUUAUUUUUCUCCUACUGCUAAAGUAAUUAGAGAAUUUUUCGAAUCUUUAUUUUUGUUUCUUGCUUUUUCAGAGGCAUGGCAUUUCAUUGGUGUUAAUGUCUAGGUGCAGAGAAAGCGGUAAAUUUUCUUGUUCCUUAUGUUGCCAUUGUAAACAAAUUUGUCAUUCCAGACAUUAAACAUUUUAUACUUUUAUUAAUAAAUUUUUUUUAUUUAUUUGUUUUAUAUUUAAACUGCUAGUGCGGCCUUUUUAAUUUUGAAGCUUAGCUUAUUUUAAAUCAUCCACAGACAGUGAUUAAUAUUGUACAAAGUUCGUUAGCAUUUUAUGUGUGUGCGUAUAAUUAAUUUAGGUAGUGAUUAAUGUGCUCUGGAGAUGAGAGCUUUUCUGCAGAACUUUAUUCAAAUUAUUGUAAAGAAUCUGGUAGUCAUUUUAUUAAAGAAAGUGGAAUGUUUUGAUA